UUUUAUAGCGAAAAUAUCGAGGGGAGGUUCUGCGGAUCGAUUCAGUGAUUGACUUUCAGUGAAGUCACCGCCAUUAACACAUUUUCGCGUACGUAUAACGAAGGUGUGAAUCGAAUUGACACCUGCCGUUUGUAAAUCGGUUGUUUUCAUUCUACCUUUGUGCUGAAGAAUUCAAAAGGGUAUGUAUUACAAAUUAUUGUAACGAAUAAUGAAUAAAAUUAAAACCGAGUACUGAAAUUUACGCCGGCGUUUCUCUCGAAUUGGAAUAUUGUUGGUUAAUUUUACGCACGUGCAGCGAUUAUUGUUUUAUGAACGUGCAACGUCUCGGCAACUUUCGGCCUGUUUAAAACAGUCGUUUCAAGUCAACGCUAAAUGAACCGAGUAUUAAUUUCUCCUCCGUUAUUCAUUCAAUUUUUUCUCGAACAACUUACGUUUUACACAGUUAGACUUCAGCCUGCAUCUCUAAAACGCGACCCGCUACAGACUUUGAGCCCGAUUUAAUUUUAACCCGUUAAUACGAUGCACCGUGCCUUGUCAACGAUAACUCAUAAAUCGAUUAUCGCUUGGCAUAUCUGCGAUAAUUUUUUACCCCGCAUCAAUAUUUAGUACCUCAUGUAACGGCUGCGCGACGGAUAAAACGUCGAUAUUAGAAUUUACGAUACGGUGCGAGGCGAUAAGCUGUCGUACUUUCACUAAUUCAAAUUGGAAAAAGGGGAUAUCAAUUCCUUCUCGCGAUCGCAAUGCGCGCGAGAUCCAAUCAUUCGUUGAAACGGUCGUUAAUAUUUUUAAUGGGAAAAAAGUUUUCGGUAGAAAAAAAUCUGUGCCGUUAACGCUGCUGGUACUUGAUUGCUUAUUUCACACUCUUUUACCUUUAUUCUUUCGUCCGUUGAAUAAACCGUUGCAGACCGCCGUAAAAAGCCAAAAUCAAAUUCUGUAACUUUAUUUUCUCGCGUAAAAAUUCAAUUUUCCCAGGUGUUGAACAAAUUCGCAAAUGUCACUUCUCUGUACGGCUUGAUUAUUUCAACGAACAGAGAAAAAGUGUGUUUGUUCGAUACAGGUGAGCUUCGUAAGUUAAGGACUGUUUCCAGUUGCUUAUAUCGUCGACUACUCGGUAAACAAAAAGGAAAUUCAUGAAUGUAUUUGAAAAACGUACGUCAAGUGAUUUCGAUCGAAUAUUCUCGUCGUAAACAACUUUUCGAAGUUUGAUUAUAGCUGCUUGAUUGACUGACACACUCGGAGAUAGCGUAAAUGUACGAUUGUUCUGAAAGAGAAGAACUAUCCAAACUAAUCAAAUGGCCAAGUACAGUCGAGCCGGGAGGAGUCGUCGUGAGGGCCGAGGAAGCUCUUAUCGUGAUACUGGUGCUGGUGCUCUGGGUGGCGGCGAUCGCGCUCUUCUUCAACAGAUGGGGAAAGAUCCGAAUGCUGGAACCGUAUCAGCCCAAGUUCCAGCAGCAGCACAGACAAAGCUGUGCGAUGAUCGAUCCAAACCCGGUCCAGCACCGGGCGUGCUCCAAGUUCAACAUCCAUUGUCUGGAGCACCCGAUCGUCUACCCCACGGGUUGCGGAUCGAGUCUGUCGAGGCCGCGGCAGAACAGCGUCUUCGUGGGUUCCAGCAUGUCGCUUUUGCCGCCGCAGAACGCGCCGCGGCGCGCGAAGAGCGCCUUUGACAUUCAGACGCUGAUAAUGGCGGAGUGCGGGCCGCAAAACGCCGCGGGUGAAUUCGGCGAGGCGCCAAAGCGCGCGGGGAGGGAAUCGGCGAAAAAUUUUUGCGAAUCCCUGAGGCUCCCGGACCUUCCGCGCUCCUUGAACCCCGCGCUCCAACGGCAGCGAGGGAUGAGCAUCUGCCACUUCGACCGCACCGACGUACUCGCGAGGCCUCUGAUGCGCGAGAGGGGGAUGAGCAUCUGCCAUUUCGACAGGGGCGAGAGUUUCGGCAAACCGGCUGCCGUGCAACGCGAGAGGGGGAUGUCGAUAUGCCAAUUCGACAAGCAAAUGCCGUCGUGCAGCAAAACGCCGGACGCUGUUCACGCCUACAGAGCAACCUGCGUUUAAUUACGCUUGUACGGAUACGAUAUCGGUAUUCCGCGACGGAAAUUAGCCGGAAGAAUUUUCGCACCACCGACGCCGUCGAUGAUACGGAUCGGUUCAUCCUUGGCGGACAUUUGCAGAAUGCAAAUUUACUACUUUCGGUUCGAUUCUUUCAUUUUCUGGUUUCGAUAUGAUUUUACGGAAAAGUUGUAGGUACCGGUUGUUAUAUCUGGAGGAUACAAAUCCGCGGUGGAAUUACCAAUUGAAAUGAAUUACGGUGGGAUCGUUGAGACAAAGGAAUACAUUCUUUUCUCUUUUGAAUCAGAUUGAUUAAUCGAACGCCAGAUGUGGAUGCGAAAACAGGGCCAAGUUCUCUUCGAAGUUAAGUUUUUAAUUCGACAGUGGAUUCCCGCAGAUCAGAAUAUAAAUAAUUCCGAUGUCAUGGGUAAGCUUGUGUGAAUAUAGGGAGGGGGGGGGGGGGGCGACAAUAUCUUUACACUCCAAUCUCUGAAAGGUGUGAAAUGAAAUCCGUGAUAAAAAAUAGCUCUCAUAAUACCGUACUGUCAGUUUGUGGAAACUCAAUUUCGCGUGUUAUACGAAACAGCAACGACGAUGCGGAUGAUCGUCUCAGGAUAGAAAUUUAAUCUCAGGGAAAAGGUAUAAGUUCACCUUGUUUAAAGUAAUUCUAUUCCGGAGACUCGUUUUCGGUUUCUGAAGGUAGAAAACGAACGUAAAGUAUGAAAGAACGUAAAUGAAAGUCGAUUUACGGUUAGGGUAAGAAAUUUGUUUCCGCAUCCCGCGGGUGAUCGAUUAUAAUUAUUCGUCGAUCAAUGAAAAUGAUCGUGUCUGUAAAAGUGUGAGAAACUGUAGGGAACAAAAGCAAGAAGAAUACACGGACGAAGAGAAUAGCGCAAAAUAAGCCUUUUAUACACGCUAAAACUUCAAAAUUAUAAAAUAUAAAAUCUAUACAUGUUACUAUUUAUAAUAAUAUAAUACAAAAAUACUAACUGAAUCCUAUAUAACGACUAAACUUUGUAUACAGAAUUUUUUAAUAGCAGUAUUUUUCCUACAUUCCGGGUUGUUGAAAUAAGAGAAAGGAAAAGAAAAAAAAAAUACUGAGCAAAUUGGAAGAACCAAGCAUCGUACCGUCAAUUCUCCUUUCCUAUAAUAUACGAGCAGUGUUGGAGCUCGGUAUAAGAAAUAAAUAUAACCUAUACAUCGGGUAAGCCGUCUAGGCUCUGAAAAUUUAUGAACUCAGAUCGAAUAUACAAAAAAGAAGAAGAAGAAGAAACAGAAAUAAGCAUGGAAUAAGGUUAUAAUUGAGAAACGCAACCUGACACUAAAAACGCAGAAUACAUACCUACAUAUAUUGAUAAUGAUGUGUAAGAAUAAUCUAUAAUAACGUGAAUAUAUUUUUUCAAUAAAAUAGCCUAUCAAGAAAUAUAAUAGACGCAGACGAGCGUGAUCGGUUUGACAAAUAAAUUAGACUGCGGUUUAUUACGAUAUUACAAUGGCGGGUAGAUUCGCAAGCUACCUUCACACCGUCGUCAAGCAUCUUAUCUCAGGUUGCAGGCAGCGUGGUGAAAAUUAUAACCCGCAGAGCUGUAACUUUGAAGCAAGUAAAGGUUGUUUUCGCCGGGCGAAGGUAGGCAAAUAUUUCGCGAGCCAAAAUGUGUAUAGGCACACAACACACGCACACACACACACACACACACACACUCCGUAGCCCUGAAGCCGACUCAUACCAUCGACGAAGCAAUCGGUGCGCAAUUGCCCUUCGUCUUCAGACGCCAGAUUAUUACAGGCGUACGCCCCACGCGUCAUUAGCACGUCGUUGGAAAUCCUUGGGUCGACGGCUUUGAAAUGUAGGGGUGAAUUAGCGUUCGAUAUACAAAGAAAUAUCCAUUAUCUACCACUACCACAACCGCAACUACGAUGUAAUAUAAAAGAAAUUUUAACGCACUUAUUAAUACUAGAUAGUCGUUACAUUGUUAGGUACGAUGACGUCCAUCCAGCCACAAAAAAACGUGGCGCACAGAAACUGUUAUUUUUACAAAAAAACAAAGAGCGAACCUAAAAAUACGAAUUAGAAGAAGAGGAAACUGAACGAGUGCGAAAGCUUUAAGACUAUCCAUUCGGACGUCUGGACCUCGUUUUCUCCUUUUCUCCUUUUCUCUGCAUGUUUCUCUUUUUCUCUCUCACUCACUCUCUCUCUCUCUCUCUUUCUUCCGUAUAUCUUUAUAUCAUCGUAAUUAAGCUCUUCUCUUUCUCUCUUUCUCCCUCUCUCCGCCCCGCCCCUGAUCGGUGUGUCUUUGAAUCAGAGGAUUCCACCCCCCAUUCCGUUUAUAAUUAUCGCACUUUAUAUCCACGAGUUCGCUUAAAGUCUUUUCUUCGGUCUUCGAACGCGAGUGAGAUAAUAUUUUUGUAUGAGAAAUUGAUUACGAUAUAAUAUUUCUAUGCAAACCCACCGACAGCUGCAUUCUCUACGAAUCCCGUGCCAAAUGGAGUAGGUAUUAAAUCGAUAGUAUUGGUCGUCGUAAAAGUCGCAGUAAAUAUUGUAUUUCCAAACAUCUGGAAUUAUAUCGAAAUCUGGGAAUUCAGCGGUCGCUUCUACAAUUUUUAACCCACGUUUCUACGGUGGGCCGAAGGAUACGUAUUUUCAAAAUAUUUACGCAACCGCCACCGUGUAACGCUUUAAAAUUAUUUUUCCCCCCUUUUUUUCGAAUGCCUGCGUAUAAACAAUUUAUACAACAGUGAAUCAGUCUUUCCAAUUUCGCUGAGCGAAUCGAACGCCUUUAAUAUAAUUGGUACUACAGAUAAAAUGAACGAAUAAAAAUGAAAUCAAACAUAUACCGGCGAACGAAACUUCACAAAAUGCUAAAAAUUUAUUCACCUUUUGUGGGUUUAAUUAAAAGCAUAAAUUUUCGGGCGUAUCAACGAGACUCGCGUCCGUUUUAUGCAAUGAUGAACGUUAUAUCGUUUUCUAAUGAAGACACGCGAGGUCUUCAAACUGUGGGUUUCUAGUAAACAUCGCGUGUUGAAUGAGAUAUGUGUAGUAUGCAUUGUUUAAGUCAAUAAUUGAGACCAACAACCUUAGACUGUGUAAAUCUGUAGCAUAUAUUAUAAUUAUAGUUUAUCAGUAGGUAUAGAAUAAUAGAAUAUAACAUAUUAUUAUAAUAGGAUAAGCAUAUAUCGACGCUAAAAUGGUAACCUUGGGACCUUUGAUCAAAUUCAUAGUAUGUAAGUUGAAUAACGUGUACAGCGAAUGAAAAAAAAAACAUCCGAUCGUCCAUACGCUAUACACGUGCAAUUAGAUCGUUACAACUAUCUCUAUUGAUUAUUUACAUACGUC